CAUUCGAAGUACGUCACCAUGAACAGAAGAUUCUAUUUGACCCGGCGUGUAUUAAAAAGUUUUUUUCUUACAGAAAAAAAAAACUUUGACCACUGGCUCGAGCACUUAAAAGCGUCUGGUUUAAUGGAUCACAUGGACAGACACUCCAGAUCGAUAAAAUCGAGAGACGUACGCGACCAGGACCAGCUCGUUUCGUUAGAAAAUGUUAUGCGGCACGGCCAGCUUCAAGCACGUCGUCGACGACGACGACCCGGCGGCGCGCGGCACCGGCGGCGGGUCGCCCAGGCAGCCGAGGCGGAAGCACGGCGGAGGCGGCGGCGGUAAGAUCAACCCCUACGCCGAGCGCGGGCUGGACAAGUUCUCCACCGUGCUCUCCGAGCUCGAGGCCCGCCGGGACAAGAUCCUCCGCCGCGUCGGCUCCGGCGGCGGCCUCGUCAUGGUCCGCUUCGUCCAGUCCAACGGCGCGUUGGAGCCCAUCAUCGUCAAGCUCCCCGACGAGCAGCGGCGCCCCAAGGACGACGCCGCCGCCAAGAAACCCAGGCCGUCGUCUCCGUCGACCGCCGCCGCCCAGCAGCAGGGCGCCUCCGCCGCGCGCGCGACCAGGGCUCCACCACCUGCGCCGGCGGCGAGCAGGGUGUCGUCGUUCUCGUGGGGGCGGAUGCGGCGGCCGGCGUGCUACUGGCCGGCGGUGAUGGUGCUGAUGCUGGUGUGCCUCGCCGUGUUCGGGAGGGUGUUCGCCAUCUGCUGCACCUCCAUCUGGUGGUACCUCGCGCCCACCCUGCUGAGCAACGGAGGCGCCGGCGGCGAGGACGCGGCGCGCCGCCCUCUGGGCUCCCCGAGGAAGUCGCCGCCGCCGGCGAGCGGCAAGAAGUUGGCCGGCCGCCGCGGCACGCGCGAGGUUGGGAGCUCGCCGAGAGGCCACACAAAGAAGGGCACCUGAAAUCAGCCCCUUUCGAUGUGUGGCUACCCUGAAGAGAACCAAUCGAAGAAGUGUGCAGUACAAUUAAUGGUUGUUGCUUAAUUACUGUGAUCGGUUGCCGAUCUAUAUGUAAGUUUUUUUUUCUAUAAUGGAUUAAAACCCGGAAUCUAUACCAA